AUGGACGAAACUUCAGCACAGCAGCCAUCGAUUCAGACACAAACAUCUGAAUCAAACACCGAGACGGCACAAUACUGGUGCUAUCAAUGCAAUAAGCGAGUGGCAGUCGAAACCCUAGCCGAUCUCCCUGAUGUCAUCUGCCACGAGUGCAAGAACGGCUUCGUCGAGUCCAUCGGGACCUCGGCUCCUCCCACUUUAGCCCCAAAUCGACGAGCCUCCGAUCAGAUCGACGAGCCCUCUUUUGAAAAUCAGUUAUUUCAAGUACUCCGGCUCGUCGCCCAGGUCGCCCGUGAUGACGAUGCGCCCCCUCCACCUCCAUCAGAACACGCAGAUCCAUCUGAUGAUGACUAUCUUCGUAUAGAAUUCGGUGGCUGGGACAACAACGAUGACGAAGACGAUGAAAAUGAGGCUGAAGUCCAAAACGAAGAUGAACCAGUAGGAGAUGAACAGAAUCAAGAUCGAUCCGAUGAUGAUGAGACUGAAAUUCAUGGGGAGAAUGAGAAUCGGGAAGAGAGAGACGAAGAGGAAAUUCGGAGAAGGCGACGGGAUUUGCUUAGGGUAAGGCUUCGGGACUUUGCUGCUCGGGCUGCGCGGAACCGGGUACUUGACUGGGCGGACAUUCUAAUGAGACUAGAAGACCACUCGAUCGAGUUUCGAUUACAAAUUCCGGAAAUGGAUGACUAUAUGGGGAAUCCAGGGGAUUACGUGGAUGCAGCUGGAUACGAGGCGCUGUUGCAGAACUUGGCUGAGAGUGAAAACGGAAGAAGAGGGGCCCCGCCGGCUGCAAAAUCUGCUGUGUCGGCGUUGGAGACGGUGGAGAUUAAAGUAGAAGCGGAGGCUUUGGUUUGUGCUAUAUGUAAAGAUUCGAUGCGUAUCGGAGAGGUGGCUAAGAAAUUGCCAUGUGGACAUGGGUACCAUGACGACUGUAUUGUGCCGUGGCUGGGUUCGAGGAAUUCUUGCCCAGUGUGUAGGUUUGAGUUGCCGACAGAUGAUCCAGAGUAUGAAGAGGAGAGGAAGAAGAGGUCAAUGGGGACUGCAGGUAGUGGUGCUUCAAGUUCUAGUGGAUACAAUUAUGGAUUUGACUGAUACUUUGUGAGCUUGUAAGAUUCUUACAUUGCCAAAAGAUCUUCGACUCUAAAGAUCUACCAUCAGGUGUGGAUAAAUUGGAAGGCAUUCCUGCUAUGUCAUAUGUGGAAUCACUGCCAGAUUUUACUGCUAUCCUGGCAGUGAGUUUUUUGCUUUUUAAGCUUAAGCCAAGUUUUACCGUUUUAGUGUAUCUAGGGCAGUUGGUAAUUUUUAAUUCCUAAUAGAUGGUGACAAUUUAUAGUUGUUCACCAUCUGAAUAUAUAGAAUCAGUUUGUUAUGGACUAUGCUAUUGGACUUUAAUGAGAGUUGCGUGCUUUCGUGCAGUUGAACUAUGUACUUUGAAUGAAAUUCGUAAUGUGAUGUUGUGUAUUAUAUGAAUUUUUAAACUCACCGGCUAAGAUUGAU